GAUAAAUUCAAACUAUUAAUUUCAGACUAUGUUUUCGUAAAAAAAAAUCUUUAAAAAUGGAGAUUUUGGCUGGAGGAUUGGCUGCCUCAGGGGCAUGUUUGUUUACAAAUCCUCUAGAGGUUGUAAAGAAUCGGUUACAAUUACAGGGGGAACUUAAAGCCAGGGGGAAUUAUGCUCAGACAUAUAGGGGUCCCUUCCAUGGUCUAUAUGUACUGGCUCGUACAGAUGGAAUUCUAGCUCUUCAAUCUGGCCUGGUUCCAGCCUGCCUUUACCAAUUGGUAAUGAAUGGUUUACGCCUAGGAAUCUAUGCAGAACUUGAAAACAAAGGCUGUUUAACCAACAAGGAAGGUGAAGUUAGUCUUUCGAGGUCACUAGGCUGUAGUGUUAUAUCGGGUGUGAUUGGAGGAUUUGUUGGAUCCCCGAUUUUCCUUGUGAAAACCCAGCUUCAAACUUCAUCUUCCUCUCAGAUUUCUGUAGGAACCCAACACAACCAUGAAAACAUGCUUAGUGCUUUUAGAACCAUUUACAAUGAUGGAGGGAUUCGUGGUUUAUGGCAGGGAGCCUCGUCUUCCAUUCCUAGAAUUAGUAUUGGAAGUGCUGCUCAGUUAGUCACAUACAGUUACACCCAAGAGAAGCUAGAUCGGUUGGGCUGGGGGAAGAAAGGAAGCUGGCAAAAUAACCUAGUUGGAGCUUUUCUAUCAGGGUUUGUGAUAUCAGUAGUUAUCAAUCCGUUUGAUGUUAUCUCUACCCGGUUAUACAACCAACCCCGGACCAAUAGGUAAAUAUUC